AUGUCUGUCCCCUCUAUAGACGAGUUCGUAGUGCUGGAGAACGACAACGUGUGUGUCGUGGGUCGGGUGCGAUCACCAGAUGACGAGGUAUUACUGCAACAAAACAAGAUAUACGACAAACAGAUUCACUCCCUGUCCGACAAGAAGUACACAUUAGAGCGCAAAGACAUCUACAAAGAGUUGGGUGUUUUGGGUCUGGAUUACGGACCGGAGUUUCAACGACUCCGCAAAGUCGGCACAAAUGACUUUAAAGAGAUAUACGGCGUAAACGAGUGGACCGGGAGUUUCAUCACAUAUAUGGACGCACUCUUGCAGUCCAUGGCAAUGGCCGCACCGUUCCGUAAACUAAUGGUGCCGGUGAUGAUACGGGCGCUACGGGUGGACCCACGGGUACUGUUUGAGGGACUCCGAAAGAGUCGUAAUAUUCAAGCGCCGGUUAAGUCGAUUGAAGAUUAUGCCACUCAAGACAAUAUGGAGAAAGUGGCGAACCAAAUAACCGGGAUCACCGAGGAAGUUCAAGUGGAUGUUGCCAAACAAGAUAUACCAAACGUCAUGCAAUUAUAUUCGGUUGAAGUGAGCAAACUAUACGAGAGGUUCGCCAUAUUUUCGGCUGAUAUGCCCUUUUAUUUCAACGCCAAAUCCAAACGACUGGUCACUCAAGGCAUCGAAGUGGAGGAUAUCAUGGCGUUCCCUAUACCGAGACGCGCGGAUACCAUGGAUCUGGUGACCGAUUCGUACGAGUUUUACGCUAAUGAAGACCUGGAGGCUAUCGAGCCGUUAGAAAGAAAAUUGUUGACGGAUUAUGUGGAGGUUUGCAAAGCAAUGGCAGCUAAAGUGAAACAAAUGGGUUUCAAACAAAUGAAAUGUGAUUUCAAUUACCAGUCGAUAAGCGAUGAAGAGAUACAAGAGUAUAAAAAUGCAAACAAUGAAAAUCACGUUAUAUUUCGCAUAUUUGAUAAAAUGCUGUCAGAAUUGUCGGAUGAGAAUAAAAAUAUCAAAACCGAUGCCAAUAUACAUAAAGUAUUGAAUGAAAUUUACGCAAAUCCUGAAUACGAUUUGAGUAAAGACUUAAUAAAUCAAAUCUCAAAGAAUGAGCGAAUGAUCCGAACUCUUGUGGACAUUGUUUCCGAAAACUAUGUCACGACUAAUGACUUAAAUAUAACUGAAAUCAACUUAAGUAGUGAUGUAUUGGCCAAAGAUGUGGACCACUUGUUGACUCAAUUCCGUAUCAUUCCCUUCAUUACGAAUUACAAACUGAUUGUGAAGUCUAAAGACUACGUCCACGAAGUCUUCAGAAGUAAUGCCAUGGAAUGGGACCCGAAGGACGACCUCUCACUAAAACCGUCACAUUUGGUGAUAAUGAGAGACACACCGGACUUAUGGCAUAAAGACAUGAAUGGAUUCAUACAAGACAUGUCCGACAAUAUACAGGAAAAGGGUUUCUUAUUAACGGUAUUCCGCUAUAAGUUUACGGAACCGGAACUCGCGUUGAACUCAUUAAACGGAAAGGCUGUUUUCAAUAAUACAGACCUCGAGAAUCGUAUUAAAGAUUUUAUCUCAAUUAGCGAUUCAAUAGGUUUGAGAUUAGUUGCCACUAAAUACGACACAAUAGGAACAGUAGCCCUAUUAUUCAGGCAAAUCCUGGAAACACCUAAAAUCCCCGAUCAAACGGAUGUCAUAAAUGUUACGUUGGAUUACAAUCAAUGGUUUGGAGUAUUGCAGGAAAAACUGAUUACCGCUAAGGAUGCGGACAAUAAGACGGAUAACGUAUGGCUGACAGCAAACACGUCGUCUAUUAACGGCAUAAUAGGUCUCAUGAAUUGUGUCCGAUUAGAACCGGGAGGAGAGAACAGCCGUUAUAUUUUCAAUUACGACAACAAUAGUGAGAAAAUAGACUUUACUGUCAACCCUUAUAAGGAAAUAUUGACCAACGAUUUGGUGGCGAAUGUGAUCAGAGAUGGAAAAGUGGGAACUUAUCGACACUUAAAACUGUCUAAAGAUUGCGAUAAAGUGCUCACAAAUGAGUAUUACUUGAAUUUGGGACAAACCAGAGAUUUAGCGGGACUUCAAUGGUAUGACUUGAAAACAAUUAUCCCGGCAAAGGAGCAGUAUGACUUUGCUGGCAACAGAGUUACCAAGCAUAAGGUCAAUAUAUACAGCACAGGUCUCUCAUUUCACGACGUCAUGCUCGCAACAGGUCGCAUACCUCCCGGUCCUGAAGUCAUAUUCACUGACUGCACGAUCGGCGGUGAGUUUGCCGGCCGUCGUAUAGACACCGGUGAGAGGGUUAUGGGUAUGGAAGCGGGCCGUUGUUUCGCCACUUCUACCUACUGUUCCACACACGGCAUGACUCACAUACCGGAGCACUGGUCUAUGGACGACGCCGUGUCUAUACUCAGUACAUACAGUACCGCCUAUUACGGACUCAUUCAAAAGGGUAGAUUAAGGAAAGGCGAAAGUAUUUUAAUUCAUUCGGCGGCGGGAGGUGUGGGUCAGGCGGCCAUCAAUAUCGCCAAACACUAUGAGUGCGACAUCAUUGUGACGAUCGGGACGGAAGACAAGAGAGUAUUCAUUGAGAAGGAGUAUAACAUACCGACGAACAGGAUAUUCAACUCCAGAGACAUACUCUUCAAGAAUCAGAUAAUGGAGAUAACGGAGGGUCGGGGCGUAGAUAUGGUACUAAACUCACUGUCGGGUGAGAAACUGGAUGCGAGCUACGAGUGUGUUGCCAACCAUGGUAGGUUUAUAGAAAUAGGCAAAUUUGACAUGUUGCAAAAUAAGAAGCUGGGUAUGUUUGACUUCAUACGGAGUGUCAACUUUAUACCCGUGGCUAUCGAUCUCGUACUCGUCGAUGACAUCGGAUUUUUACCCAUGUUUUAUGAAUGGGUUCACAAAAACUGUGAGCCGGGAGGUUGUUUGCGACCCAUCAAUCAGACAACCUUCAAGGCUACCGACGCCGAAAAGGCCUUCCGGUAUAUGACAACCGGCAAACACUCGGGAAAAAUCAUAUUGAAGAUGAGGGAAGAGGAGACGGAUAGACGACCCCUUAAAGCACACAAACUUUUGCCAGAAAUUAAAGCUCAGGCGAAGACAUAUUUCGAUCCAAACAAAGUCUAUAUAAUCACCGGAGGACUGGGAGGGUUUGGUAUGGAACUGAUACCAUGGAUGCAAUACUAUGGCGCCCGAAAAUUCGUGGUCACCUCGAGGUCGGGCGUAAAGACUGAUUACCAGAAGUUUGUGUUCAACCGAUUCCAUGAAGUCUGGAAGGAUUACAAGUUUUUUGAGUCCCAAUGGAUUGUCUCGACUGCCGAUGGGUUUACUAUUGAAGGCACACAACAACUGCUAAAACAGGCCCAAGAGUUGGGACCCAUUGGAGGGGUAUUUCAUUUGGCGCUUGAAUUGAAUGACUGUUUGAUAGAGAAGUUAACGUUUGAUAAGUUUUGUUCGUCUAUUGAUACCAAACAUAAGAUCUUUACGAAUUUGGAUCAAUUGACCCGAAAAUUGAAUUACAAUUUGGAUUAUUUUGUAAUUUUCUCGUCCGUCACGUGUGGAAAGGGAAAUGGAGGUCAGUCUAACUACUCGUUCGGUAACUCUAUUUGCGAGCGAAUAUGCGAACAAAGACGAGGGGACGGACUGCACGGACUGGCCGUACAGUACGGACCGGUCGGUGAUGUGGGAGUGUUUGCAGACUCGGAUCAGUUGCUGACAAUGACAUCGAUUAGGAAACAGCGGAUCAACUCGUGUUGCGAUGUAAAAGUAGGCCAAACUAAAGUUGAAUCCGGUGGCCGACAAAAGCGACUGGUCAAGGAACUGUGGCGCGCACUGGGCAUUGAUCCGGACAACACACCCAACCACCUAACCCUGGGUGAGAUCGGUAUCGAGUCUAUGUUCGCCGUAGAAUUACAACAGGAACUGGAGAGGGAGUGGAAUAUGAAAGUGACUUUAAACCACGUCAAGAGUAUUACGAUCGGUAUGCUCAAGGACUACGAGGCCGGCAAAAUUGGCGAAAUCAAGAAGCACCUGGAUGAUGUUAGACGCGCCAAGGCAAACUUACUCAAAAUGAAAUUCUUGAUCCCAUACGAAACACAUACCCGACUCAAUAGCGUUCAGAAAGGCGUUCCCGUUUACAUACUGCCGCCCAUUGAAGUCAACUUUGCCGCCAUGGUGGAGCUGGCUCAAAAGAUUAACCGACCGGUGAUCGGACUUAACUGGACCAGGGAGGUGACUCAACUGACCACGCUCAAAGAGGUGAGCGAGUAUUACGUAAAAUUGCUAAAGAACCUGGAGCCUAAAGGGUCGUAUGAGGUGUUGGGGUAUUUCGAUGGCGCCAUCAUUUGCUCCAAACUGUUACGGAAGCAAAUAGUGGGCAAAGCGGUCAUAAUUGACGUCAUAAACGACGCUUUUUUCCGCGAGGAUCACAUGACAGACGAAGAUUUGCUGAUAAUGUUGUUGACAAUCCUGUCCAGAGAGCUACCAGGCUCAUUAAAGGACAAAAUACAGCGCGAUAUUAAAAAGGAGCCCAAUUUUAACAACAAAGUGAAGUUCAUUGUCAACGAGCUCGUGGACCUUGCCGGAAAAGGACUGGUAGCCAAUGAUAUGGAGCCCAUAUUUCACGUAAUGCUCGCUAGGAUUCGUAAGCUAUCGGAGUAUAGACUCAAUAAACGCAAGAAGUUUUCAAAUCGACUGAAACUCGCGAUCGCAAAGAAAUGGGCGAAAAGGACGGGGAAAUUGGUUUUCAUUAAACCGUUUCGAUUCGAUUCGGUUGAGGACGUCGAAAAUUGUCUUGAUAAGUCGAUGGACACCUAUUUCCUGCCCUCAAUUUAUGACAACAACGAGAAUAUAAUUAUGGAGCCAAUCGAUAAUGAUAACCAGUUUGAUCUGGCUUGCACGGUCAUUGUGGACAAAAUUGUUGAGGCGUUUACGUACAUGGCCCCUAAGGAAAUGGCGGCUAUAAACAUGUGUCAACACUACGGGUGCGAUAUCUAUGUGACGGUUGGGACGGACGAGAAAAAGCAAUUCCUUGCGAACGACUAUAACAUUCCUGUGAACCGGAUAUUCAACUCAAGAGAUAUUCUCAAUAUUCUUUGCUGA